CGCUUAGCUUUUUCCGAUGAAGAUUGCCCAUAGCCCAUACAAAACGUACGAUACGGUACGUUUCGUACAGUACGUUCCGAUGUUUCCCAUGAUUCGACAGUAUUUCGUACUACAGUAUCCGGUUUCUGCACAAACCAGAUUGGGAGAGAAGAUACUGUAUGCCAGGAUCGAGCAGCAUGCUUGUGACGAUACAGAGGCCGACGAGAGUCUUUUUCCCAGCUAGAUUCGUUUCCCUCGCGCUUUCAUCGGUCCUUGUUGUUCUGGCUCUGUUUGUGUCUCAAGAGUCAACGGCGCUUUCCACUGCAACGAACAACAGCAUGUUCCGGAACAACCCGGAAACCAUCCGCAGGGUCCUGCUCAACGCCAAGACCAUCGCCGUGGUGGGGGCGUCCCCAAAACCAGAGCGCCCCUCCAACUUUGUCAUGAAGUUCCUCCUGGACCACGGAUACGAGGUGGUCCCGGUAAACCCCGGGCUCGCGGGCAAGCAGAUCCACGGGCAAACCGUUUACGCCAGCCUGUCGGAGAUCCCCGUUUCCGGGAACAAGGGCAUCGACAUCGUCGACGUCUUUCGGAACAGCGCGGCGGUCCCCCCGAUCGUCGACGAGGCCAUCUCCGUUGGCGCGGGGUGCGUGUGGAUGCAGUCGGGGAUCGUGAACGAGGAGGCCGCUGCAACCGCGACAGAAGCCGGCCUCGAUGUCGUCAUGGACGCCUGUCCAAAGAUCGAGCUGCCGAGGUUGCUUCCGACCGGGAGCGAGCUGUGAAAAGCAGUAGGGCCGUGGCGCAUGUCGCUAAAUUGCAAAACUAGUAGUACGAUAGUAACCCGUCUAAUAUUCACCAAUCUGCAUUUGCAUAACGACCAUACCCAGUGUCACUUAACGUGAACCUGGGAAAAAACAAAGAGAGUUUCUUUUUUUCAUUUGUUCGCUUCUUUUGCUCGUUAUACUUCUAUGCGAUACUACGAACUGCUACCCUUCAGUUUCUCCAGCGGGACCCUGCAUGCCAAAACAUCUCUCUURAUUUUCCACCCAGUCAUCGUCUGGAGGGAUACGACGGUCGCCGAAUACUUUUCUUUGUCAAGGAUAACCUCGUGGCCAAAGUGGUCACCUGUUUUGAGCGUCGAGCUCUUCGGUUCUCCCUUUGUCACCUUUACGCGUUCUGUGUGUUCGAAACAAUAGAUAAAAAUCAAGGAA